AUGCCGUUCCUACCCCCCGGAGAUAGUCCUCACAUUACGGCCGGUUUCUCCUCCUCCGAGCUUGCUUCAUGGAUCGACAAUCGCACCGGUAUACCCGCGACUAGUCCGCACACCAGAAUCAAGACUCAGUUUGGUUGCACUAUCAAUCGGAGCUUCAACGUCCAGUCGACGCGCACCGUGUUCCUCCAGGGCAUGCAAGGUCAUCUCAUAGAAGAGAAAGUGUUCAAUAACGAGAAGAAAGCCAAGAUCUUCAUUGAGGGCGUCACGGGAAGUUAUGUAUUGAAUCCCCAAACCCAGGAACGGGUGUGGGUAAACAACAUAUGGGUAUCAGCCAAUGAUGUAUGGAAAGGCAAACGCUGGGUGUCCGAUAUCAAAGACUGGCCAAUCUAUAUCAGUAUUGAUGCUUUCGACUUCAACGCCAUUCAGUGGAUGCGAGAUACUCCUGAUGACCAGAGUACAUUGGGGCGUACCAUCCAUGCGCUCUUGACCGCGUUUCACGAUUCUCCCGCAGACUUCAUGGGCUCGAAGUAUGAAGACGUCGUCAAAAAGAGAAGCAUCGAUUCUAUCACCAAGACCAUCAUCAAGGGCAUCAGGGAAGCAGGCCUCUAUGACACUCUCAACAACCCAGGCUUUCGUUGGCAGGAUCUGGUAGGUGCUGCCACACAUGUCAUCGACGAUUACACUCAAGAGACAGGCGGUGUCUACAUGCGAGUUCAUCUUUCAGAUUCUGUGGUCCCCUACUGGAAACCAAACACGUACUAUGUAUACGUCGGCAAGACUGUCAAUUUCUACCACCGUUCGCAGAGCCACAAGUCAGCGACGUCCAGGUAUGGUGACCUGACCCGAAACUCCGCAUCUUUGGACAUGUUCGCAAUGUGCGUUCUUUCUGAAGACGAUAUUCCAGAUCUCGCCCAUGUCGUUGAGCAGAUAUUUGUUUGUCUUUGUCAAACCUAUCGCAAAUUCAUGUUCUCGGACCGUGUUGCCAGCUCGGGUGGUUCGGGAAUACUCUCGGCCAUUGGCUAUGCCAAGUACUUCACUGAUAUCGCACGCAACGUCUUUGAACGCACCGGGUGGCAUGGGGCUGUUUCUCGGGAAGGGUUCGGAGCGUAUCAAGGUGCCAACUUCAGCUCACCUUUACAAGAAUGGACGGCAUAUACUAACCGGAUCCUUUUCCUUCGCACCGAUACGAGAACCAUGGACAAGGCAUCUGGACGCUCAACUCCUGUGGCAAUCUUUCGCAGCGCCAACCCUAGGAAACUGAGCCAUGCGAGUGUUAUACAACCUGGACAAACGAAGCGUCAACUGGCUGUUUGGGAGAAGAUGCACGGCAAGCAGGGUAUCCGUCUCAGCUUCUGGAGCGACAGCAAGGAUGGCACCAAGGCACCGCUGGCCAACGUCCCAUAUCAUCUUGUUUUUGAGGUUUACAAGGAUGGAAGCCGUCACCCACACGCAUGGUCGCGUCUUUCUGGAAUUGGCCCAUUCUCGAACUGGACACAGGCAAGCUCAUUUGCAAUUCGAAUUGAGUGGGAACAUCCUCCAAAUUCUGGACAAUGGCGCUAUCGAUACAUUCAGACUAGCCAGAUGUUUAGAUUUGUGGACACCAGUGUUCCUGGAGCAUUGAGGAGCUAUGCUACCGCCAUUUCCUUCCUGCAGUGGCUUUUCGGCAAAGCGCCAAACCACUCCUUACCAUGGAUACCUCGCUUGUCUGGCCGUGCAUACGUCCUCCUCGCUGACUUCGACCUCCAUAACCAGAUGAUCACGAUCAAGCGUUCAAACGAGCCAUUUAUUAUACAGCCAUCAACGCUCAGACCUUCCAGCGACAUCUUGAGAGAACUCAAAUCCAGUCACUUGCAGCUGCAAAACGUUGGUGGUGAGUUUGGAAAGUUCUCAACUCGCUCCUUUGGUAGUCAUCGAAAACAAUGCGACGUGUGCACUAUGCUCCCAGACGUAGCCUUCGCCAACGGCGUCUUCAAGAGAGGCUGCAAGAGGGUUGGGAAUUCGAACGUGUGUCAAGUCUGUGAGAUGUUAGGUCGCCCUUGCUGUACUUGGACGGGCACUGGGGGUAUCCGGGAGCCUGGUAAAUUUACCACCAAGGAAAUCACAGGGGCAGCGAAGGAUGCCCAUGGCUUGUCAGCUGAAGACGUGGCACAUUGGAAAAUCGUGCAUCCCGCCCUGAUCAACCAGUUCUAUUCUAUCUUCGGUACAGCAAACCAGAAUUUCAGCAACAAACUGGCCGAGUUGGAUCUGUCGGGACCGCGCGAAGAGGAUCCUUCGGACAUACAGGUCACCUCGGAUGAGCCUGAGUCGGACGAGUCGGACGAUUUGGAGAGUGCCGACGAUGGCGAAAAUGAGUUCUAA